UGAUGGAAAGGAGAUAACUCAUUAGAGGAAUUAAAGUUGAAUUUUUAAUUGGUGAAGCCAUGAAGGGAAGUCAUGAGCCCCGUUCAAGCUCCUCUUGCGCAGCUUGCAAGACACUGAAGAGAAGAUGCAGUCCCACCUGCAUUUUCGCACCCUAUUUCCACUCCGACGAUGCCAAAAAAUUCGCCCAAGUUCACAAAGUGUUCGGGGCGAGCAAUGUGAGCAAGAUCCUAACCGAAGUCCCCGAGGAUCAGCGCGAGGACACGGUGAAUUCGCUGGCCUACGAGGCAGAAGCGAGGCUGAGAGACCCCGUUUACGGCUGCAUUGGCGCCAUAUCGAUGUUGCAAAGGAAGAUGAUUCAGUUGCAGCAUGAUCUGGCUGUUGCUCGAGCUCGUCUCGCUUGCUAUGCUCCGAAGAAUUCGCCCUCGUUGUCGUCGUGCUCUUCUUCUUGUUGUGCCAUGUUAGAUGAGGCUACUUUCAGUGGAUUUCCUGCUUGGAGUGGAUUAAAUAGUAACAAUUUCAGCCAGAAUUCAUCUGAUUUGAUCAGCCAGCAUGGACAAGCUAGUGAUUUUAACUAUUCUUCAUAUAUACUGUGAAUUCAUGCUCUCUCUCUCUCUCUCUCUCUCCCUAAAUUUCUCUCUCUUUCUCUCUCUUUGUUGGUAAUUUGAAAUGUGUGGACUUAAUUUCUGAUCAAAAUAAAAAAUUGGGAAGGAGGGAUUAUGUGAUUAUUGACAAAUAAUAUUACUCUA